AUGGCACCAGGGAAUCUCUCGCAGGUGACCGAGUUCAUUCUCAUGGGCAUUUCAGACAGCCCAGAGCUCCAGAUCCCACUCUUCUUUGUUUUCCUGGUCAUCUAUGGGCUGACCGUGGCAUGGAACCUGGGCAUCAUCACCCUCACCAGUGUCGACUCUCGACUUCAGACCCCCAUGUACUUUUUCCUCCGGCACUUGGCCGUGGUCAAUCUUGGCAACUCUACUGUCAUUGCCCCUAAAAUGCUGGUUAACUUCUUGGUUUCCAAGAAAACCAUCUCCUACUAUGGGUGUGCAGUGCAACUGGGUGAAUUCAUACUUUUUGUUGUGGCUGAGAUUUUCACACUUGCUGCAAUGGCCUAUGACCGCUAUGUGGCCGUGUGCAACCCCCUGCAUUACAUGGUGGUGGUGUCUCCACAGGUCUGCCUUCUGCUGGUGUUCCUUAUACACUUCUGCAGCCUGACCACAGCACUGACUGUCUCUUCUUGUGUGUUCUCUGUGUCCUACUGCUCUUCCAAUGUGAUCAACCAUUUUUACUGUGAUAUUAUUCCUUUAUUAGCAUUGUCAUGUUCUGAUACCUAUGUUCCAGAAACUGUUGUGUUUACCUUUUCAGUAAUCAAUUUGUUUUUCUCUAUGAUCAUUGUUCUGAUAUCCUACUUUAACAUCAUCCUUGCCAUCUUGAGGAUCCGUUCCUCUGAGGGGCGACACAAAGCCUUUUCCACCUGUGCUUCUCACUUGAUGGCUGUCACUGUGUUCUAUGGGACUCUUCUCUUCAUGUAUUUGCAGCCAAGGACCAACCACUCACUAGAUACUGAUAAAAUGGCCUCAGUCUUCUAUACUCUCGUGAUACCAAUGCUCAAUCCCAUCAUUUACAGCCUAAGGAACAAGGAUGGGAAGGACGCAUUGAAGAGGUUCCUGCAUAACCCAUUUCAAUCACUCAGACUAACAUAA